AAAGCAUUUGUGGCACCAAGCGCCUGCCAUAGAUGCAUGUGUCGGCCAUGUAGGAGGAAGCGGGAAGUCGAACAGGAUACUUCACCAAAAUACUCCAACUUUACAAAUUCCCAUGAACAAGGCUGUACGUUUAUCAAAUACAUCAUGUACUUCAUCCGCAUUGGAUGCAAAAACUUCGCUAAGUUAAAACACAAUUUGAUUCGCACGUCUUUAUCUAUUCCUGCAAAUUCGUUCUAAAAUUUGAAAUUCGUCGCGGUACAAUUACUAUUGGCUGUGUGGAAUUCACGCAAUUGGGUUCACCAAAACCGCAUAAACGAUGCAUCGUCCUUGGCAUAAUGGUGUUCUUCUGAUUGGGGUAUUCCUCACCCUCCCAUUCUUACUGGAAGCCAGUUCAAUUUGUAGCCAAACAAGAAGCCAGCAGGAGACAGCUAGCAUGAGGGGAACAAAAUCACUUGUUGUCGCUACAUCUUAUAGAUGCUAUUGGUUCUGGAGCUGCACUACCUACAAAACGGUCACAGCAUACAGGGUGACAUAUCGACAGGUUACGAAGUACUUCACCACACGUGUAUGCUGUGAGGGUUACUUAUGGCACCCAGCACAGAGUAAAUGCCUUCGAAUAUCAGGUCCAGAAGAAACUCUGUAUACGACAACUGAGAAUCCAUCUCUAAAUCAGUCAUUGUCACCAGGGAGCAGUCUGCCAAAUAAUUCUUCAUCUCCGAAUCGUACUGUCCUGGUCGUCUUACCCAGAACGACAAAACUCCCGGCCAGUAGCAACCCUCCCAUUACAACGACCACGCCUAGCAACGGUAAAGAUCAAGCCAUGGUGGCGCCAUCAAGGGCACGGCGACAGGCAAUCAUUAUGAUCAGCAUUCUCCUUUUCUUCAUCGCCGUGAUCGUAGUGUCAAUCGUACUCGGCUGCGUGGUGUACCGACGACGGAGAGCUCGCAGAAUACAGAGGAAAAGUCAUGAUUUGCACAUGGAACCACUUCGUGACUUGCAGCUCCUGUCGGAAACAAGUUCCCACAUUCUGCAUUUCUCUCCACCUUCCGCACCGGACGACGAGUAUGCAAUCGUGGACAAGAAGACGAAAGUUCCACCACCAGCCAAAGACCCUCAGCCAAGUUAUGAAAACACUUGCAUUGUCGAAAGACCCCCUGAUGAUAAUGGAAAAGACAAAGCACAAGGAAAGACAAAUAGUCUGACACACACUUACAUGGAUAGAUCCGUCUGUUUGGAGACCAACGAGAAGAUGAUUAUUCCCGUUUCCAUGGCGACGGUACCUGACAACUGUUACAACGAAGUUGAUGAGAUGCCAUCGAGUUCAGUCAGCCCAGACGGAGGCGUGCAGGAGUAUGACUAUUGCUACACUAAAUUUGACAACUCGUCACCAAACCCCAAUGAGUGUUAUGCAGAAGUUGAUGAUAUGCCACCAAGUUCAGUUUCUCGAGAGGGCGCCAUACAAGAGGAGUAUGAAGCAAUAGGUGAUGUACAGGGUACAUACGACCAUCUGGACCGAGGUUCUACACCGGGUACCUCGGAUCGUGAGAUAUCUUCCAAAGAGGGCUGCGACACUUCAGGCGGAAAGUAUGGCGUCCUUGUACAGUCCAGCUCAGUGGAUUCACCUGAAAACUACGAUUCCUUCCAACGGAGCGUGUCGGAAACCGAUCAGUCUGGCAUCGAUGGCUAUGCACCACUUCUUGCAGUUCCAUCGUCUGGUUCAAAUGCAGCCGAACUGGUAGAUGCCGAUGCAUAUGACGAUCUCGACAGAGCGAUGCCGAAAACACAAAAGAAAGGCAAAGAUCUUCUCGAGAAACUACGACAAAGCCCCAACACGGCAUAUGGACAUCUCGGGUCAAGUUUCGAGAGCGAUACCAGUGAGACCGGCUCAGAGAAAAUUCUUGAAGCAAACCCUGAUAUGGAGCCCAUUUACUCCAAUCAAGAUGUUACAUUGGUUGGAGACAACAAAUCGACGUACACAGACAUGUCCGGGAGUAGGCCCAACUCUGUACUCGAUAGAUCUAUCAGCCUUCGUAGCGAGAAAGCCCCAGUCGAAUCCUACACGGAGAUGUCUCCCACUCAUUUCUCGAACAACUACUGCAACGUCGAUCUGGAAAACAUUGAUGAGGACCACUAAAUCAUGGGUUGGAAGACCAUAGACCUCUAGCAGGUUCAAGGUAGUACUGAUCUUGACUACAGCAAGUCGACCCUGGUGGUAGAUAGACAAGGGAACAACAUGCUGAGCACAUUGAAACGCGGUACUUUAAUAAAAUACUUCUAACUUAUCAGUACGAAAAUAUGCGACUAAGAAGUAAUACUGUAUCUUUCUGUCAUAUAAAUAUGGUCUUAUAUUUUCUUUCACAGUACCAUAUAGUCUUGAUAGUGAUAAGGACAAUGUGACAAAGCAUUGAGGAUGCCAUAAAAAAACAUGUUUGACGGAUCAAAAGAUCCAAGCUGUUUAUAUAUUUCAACACCAUUGUCCAAAAUACCCAUAGUUUUAAGAUAAAAACAGACCAUUGUAAUUGACAGUGUAGAGGAUACAUUUUAUCAAGCCGAUCUCAUAAUAACUUACUUUCUGUAAUAAAUGUUUAUCGGUAUUGAACUAUAUGAUGUUUCAAAAUUUAAAACAGAAAUGCUUUUGUAAAAGCACCCACUCCAUAUACUCUAAUUGAUGCAGACAUUGAACACAAGAUGAAGAAGACUGCGCUAAGCAUACUCCGUUCAUGGUUUUAGAAUCGGUGUACUGUUUAUAAUGUACUCACAAUUACUUUAUUUUUAAAAACUUGAAUAGCAGAUAACCUACAUGUACUACUAAUGACAAUAUACAUUUUUUUCUCUCUCAAAAUGACCAUUCGUCAAGUGUUUUAAUCGAAAUGUAUCAUAUUAGUACAACUAAAGAUAAAUAUUAGUCUUUGAAUGUUUUGAAUAUUUUGAAUGUAAGUGUCAUGUAAAAUUCAUGUAACACAUUAAAGGGCAGAAAUAUGCUCAUGUCUAUAUGUUUAGGAAAAAUAAUAAACGGCUGUAUGAGUGGAUUUAUACUUUAGUCACCAGACAGAGAUGUAGUAAGUAAUAUUACCAGAAGGUGUAUUUCUGAGGUCAUGGAUCCGGAUUUUAUUUUUGAAAAUGUCAUAGAGAGUAAUAUUACACAGUUCUUUAUUCUUUCACUGUUGUUUUAUUUUUUAUUUCUCAAAACGAUACCUCGGUUUGUCUUCAUUUUACUCUCUUUCCUUUUCAUCCGUUUAUCUGCUCAAUAACAUUUAAUUGUUGAUAUAACUACAGACACAACGGCUCUCUAUGUGCCUAAAAUAAAAUUGAAGAUAGGUGAGCGAAGUUUUCAUUACAGUGGUCCGGUUUAAAUGGAAUAGGUUACCUUGUGAAUUACGCUGCAGUAUGUCAGUUGAAGUAUUUAAGAAACAUCUCAAAACACACCUUUUUACAUUAUAAUUAACUGCGUUACAUUUGCUAUCAUCUUUUUGUUGAGUUUAAUUCAUUGACUUAUUUGUUUGUAAAGCGCUUUGUUCAGUUGUAAAUUGGAUAUAGUGCUAUAAAAGAAACAAUCUAUUAUUAUUAUUAUUAUUAUUAUUAUUAUUAUUAUU